CUUCGUUCUUUCUCUCCUCUUUUUCUUAAUUUGUCUAUUUUUCAAUUUAAUCUGUCUGUUUAUCGUUUGCUUUGCUAUUUUGCCAUUUUUGUUCGAGAAAUAUGUGAGGUGCACAUGUAUUAGGCGAGAAAAAGUCUUGAAAAGUGCGGCAAGUCUUUGAUGUUUCUUCUCACAAAAGUCUACGUCUCCUCAUCACAAGGAUGCCUAACGAAAACCUGCCGGUAUGUGCCUGCGGUGUAGACCUGUCGAAGUCGCGAAACAGUUCGAUCGUUUUGGAAAAACUGACUACCCUUCUGCCAAAAUCAAAGGGCAAUAAACAGGAGGAUAAGGGCUCACGGAGACAACAAGAUGACCGGCGAGGACUAAAAACUCGAACGUCGAGUGAGACUGGAAGCAGCAGCUCGGUAACAGAACCCGCGAAAUCUAUAAUGAAAAGCAGCAAGUAUGAGAAGCGAAUCAAUCAUUCGCGAAGAACUCGGAGCGCCGACAGUGCCGAAUCACAUUACACUUAUAUCGAUUCAGGCUCGAGUAUUCUCGGUGAUGGAAUUCGAGAAAACACUGUCAGACCUGAAGUAUUAUACACAAGUGUACCAAACACGGCAAAUGUACACGUCGAUGAGAUCAGAACUAGUCGUUCGAAUAAUAUGCAAAAUAGAUCGCAAGCUUUUUAUUACGCUAUUCCAUCUAUGACGUCACCACCGCCGACAUACGAUGUCGCGAUUGCAAAAGCAUGGCAGACUGGUCUGCCACCGACAUACGAGGAAUAUCUAUAUCACAAAUAUGCAAUAAUGUCACGCUCGCAUACUCCUCCACCACCGUGGUCGGACUCAACAUCAUCAACAUUGUUGUCAUCUAAUCCGACCUCAAAUAUACAAACUCAUCGCAAUCGCUUGCCCAGCCAGUCCGAGCUUCGCGAGUACCUAGAGCAGCUGACGCUCGGCUCGCACAAUCAACAUCAGCAAUAUCAACAUCAACUGCAGCAACGACAAUCUAGAGACGCUACUUGUCCUACCUUGAGAGAACAGCAGAUCAGGGCACAGCACCGCGCGCGAGCAAUGGCUCCAAGAUCGCAGAGCGAAAGUCGAGCGCAACAGCAACGAAUGGCAGCAAUGUAUGAAGACGCUGCGUUUUGCAUGGAAACCACAGUAUUGCAAUCAGCCUUUGAUGCUGGCCAAGGAUUAGCUCUUUGCAGCUUAAUGUAAAAGUAUGACAACUUUGCCUCAACAAAAAAUAGAUUAUUUAUUGCGAACAAAUUGAAAUAUCAUCAAUUAAUAAUCUUUUCGGAAAUAUUUUUUAGAAACAAGAAUAUAUCCUUGUAAAAAAAAUAUUUGCGAAAAAAUUCAACAAAAUGAAUAAUACAUUGAUUAAAACAAAAAAAAUUAUUGCAAAUUAUUACAUCCAUAAAAGCAAUGGAAUAAUAUAUUUUUCAUCAGUAUUUACUUCUGACGGUAAAGUAUUAUCUCAAAAGUACCUACAUGUGAAUAUAUAACUAUAUAUAAAAUGAUGUUAAAUUCUAAAUGAUAUCUACUUGAAAGUAUCAAAUGUCCAUUAUUAUUUUAUUUUUCACAGUACCGAUAUUACACACUAUAACAAUUUCUUUCAUGGUAGAUAUCCAGAUAUUUCUGUUGUUAUCUGCAGUUAUUACAAUUAUAAAUUCGUAUUAAUUUCCAAUUUAGUUUUGUCUCUCUUAAUUAAAGUUUUCCAAAUACUGUACUCACAACUAAAUAUAAUUUACAAUUAUAUAAUAGCAG